GUUAGGAGGAAAAUCGGCGCUGGGACCUGGCUACAUGCUCGGCUUAUUUGGAUGUUGAGGAAACAUGGCGACCGGCGAAAGGAAGGAGAGGGAGCAGCAACCACUUUGGGAUUAACGCAUCGUUUGAGACAUAUGGAUAUACACGGAGUGCCCCGUACCGACAUAAUUCGCACAUUGGAGGUUAUCUUCAACGCUCACACCGACGCAUUUUGCCGCAAACGCUGCUUACUGGGCUGCCUUUGCCCUGACAAAGCCGCUCAAGAUGAACAUGGUGAAAAGGAUCAUGGGGCGGCCGAGGCAGGAGGAGUGCAGCCCCCAGGACAACGCGCUGGGCCUCAUGCACCUGCGACGCCUCUUCUCCGAGCUGUGCCACCCUCCUCGCCACAUGACCCAGAAGGAGCAGGAGGAGAAGCUCUACAUGAUGCUUCCUGUAUUUAACAGGGUGUUCGGGAACGCACCUCCCAGCAGCAUGAUGGAGAAAUUCUCCGACCUGCUGCAGUUCACCACCCAGGUGUCCCGACUCAUGGUGACUGAGAUCAGACGAAGAGCCUCCAAUAAAUCCACAGAGGCAGCCAGUCGAGCGAUAGUCCAGUUCCUGGAGGUGAAUCAGAGUGAGGAGGCGAGUCGCGGCUGGAUGCUUCUAACCACCAUCAACCUGUUAGCUUCCUCCGGACAGAAAACUGUGGACUGCAUGACGACCAUGUCUGUGCCCUCCACGCUCGUCAAAUGCCUCUACUUGUUCUUUGACCUGCCCCACAUGGCCGAGGCACCUGUAGGCCCCACGUCACAACCGCCACAACCACUACCACCACCACCACCCAGCCAAGAGAAGACGCCAGGGCAAGGGCACACCCAGCCCGAGCUGCCCCUGGCUGACCGUAGGGCGCUCCUCCAGAAAGUCUUUGUCCAGAUCCUGGUGAAGCUCUGCACAUUUGUAUCUCCAGCGGAGGAGCUGGCCCAAAAGGAUGACCUGCAGUUACUGUUUAGCGCCAUCACCUCCUGGUGUCCUCCUCACAACCUGCCCUGGAGGAGGAGUGCUGGGGAGGUGCUCACCACCAUCUCCCGACAUGGCCUCAGCGUCAACGUGGUCAAAUACAUCCACGAGAAGGAAUGCUUGGCCACAUGUGUUCAAAACAUGCAGCAGUCAGACGAUCUCUCCCCUCUGGAGAUCGUUGAGAUGUUUGCUGGCCUCUCCUGCUUCCUCAAAGACUCCAGCGACGUGUCGCAGACCCUGCUGGACGAUUUCCGAAUGUGCCAGGGUUACGCCUUCCUCUGCGACCUCAUGCUCAGACUGGAACAGGCCAAGGAGGACGAAUCAAAAGAUGCUUUGAAGGACCUGGUCAACCUGGUCACCUGUCUGUGCACGUAUGGGGUGACGGAGUUGAAGCCUGCUGGAUUGACAACCGGCGCCCCCUUCCUGUUGCCUGGAUUUGUUCUCCCGCAACCUUCUGGGAAAGGCCAUACAGUGCGUAAUAUUCAGGCCUUUGCGGUGCUCCAAAACGCCUUUCUACGGGCCAAAACAAGCCGCCUGGCGUGCAUGCUCCUGGACGCCAUCGGAAACAUCUACGCAGCCGAACCGGCCAACUAUUUCAUCCUAGAGUCGCAGCACACGCUGUCUCAGUUUGCAGAGCGUGUGGCCAAGCUCCCCGAGGCUCAGACCAAGUACUUUGAGCUGCUGGAAUUUGUAGUCUUCAGCCUCAACUAUGUGCCGUGUAAGGAACUCUUCAGCGUUAGCGUGCUCCUCAAAUCGAGCACUUCGCACGCCUGCAGCAUCACCUCCGUACGGACGCUGCUGAAGCUGGCCAGGCACGACCCGGUGUUCAGCGACGUGCUGCGGGAGGUCGGACUGCUGGAGGUGCUGGUCAACCUACUGCACAAGUACGCGGCAUUGCUCAAAGAACCGGCCUCACAACAGCAACCACACAAUAAUGACCAAGCUGACUGCAAAAACAACACUGUGGCUGAGGAGCAGAAGCAGUUGGCCUGGCUGGUGAUGGAGACUCUGACUGUGCUCCUGCAGGGCUCCAACACCACCAACACUAACGCAGCUCUGUUCAGAGAGUUCGGUGGCGCGCGUUGUGUUCACAACAUCGUGAAGUACCGCCAGUGUCGCGAACACGCAUUGCUCAUCAUUCAGCAGCUUGUCCUGUCGCCCAGCGGUGACGACGACAUGGGAACGUUGCUGGGCCUCAUGCACUCUGCACCGCCCAGUGAGCUGCAGCUGAAGACAGACAUACUGAGGGCUUUGUUAUCCGUGCUACGAGAGAGUCACCGCACUCGGACGGUGUUCCGCAAGGUGGGCGGCUUCGUCUACGUCACCUCGCUUCUGGUGGCCAUGGAGCGCUCGCUGUGUCAGCCGCUGCGACACGGCUGGGAGCGCGUGAACCAGAACCAGGUUUUUGAGCUCCUGCACACAGUCUUCUGCACGCUCACCGCCGCAAUGCGCUACGAGCCAGCCAACUCGCACUUCUUCCGUACGGAGAUCCAGUACGAGAAGCUGGCCGACGCGGUCAGGCUGCUGGGCUGUUUCUCAGACACUAAGAAGCUGGGCCCCACAAGUGUGUUCCCCUCCAACGCUCAGCCUUUCCAGAGGCUCCUGGAGGACGAGGCCGUCCCUGGAGGCUGUGCAGGAGACAGCGUCUGCCCUACGCUCAAGCACUGCAGCAAGCUCUUCAUCUAUCUGUACAAGAUGGCCACAGAUUCUUUUGACAGUCGUGCGGAGCAGGUGCCUCCCUGCCUGACUCAUGAGACCUCACUGCCCUCCCCGUGGGGCACGCCAGCACUCGCCAGGAAGAGACACGGUUACUACGGUACGUCGGGCCCCCCUGCACCAGCGAAAGCCCUGACUGACCUGAAGCUCCACUUAACGAACUCCUCCCACCCCAUUUCCUCAUCGUCCUCAACGGACAUGGUGGUCAUUCACCCAGGGGCCGUGCUGGCCAUGGUGGACCUGCUGCCCUCCGUCUCCUCUGACAGCCAGCCAGAGCAUGCCCUCGACCUGCAGCUGGCAGUCGCCAACAUCCUGCAGCUCCUGGUGAACAGCGAGAGGAACCAGCAGGUGUUGUGUGAAGCCUGCCUCCAUCAGCGACUGUUGCAGCGCUGCAGCCAGGCCCUCAGCGAUGAAGACCACCCUCUGCACCCGCCGCUGCAGAGGAUGUUUGAGAGGCUGGCCUCGCAGGCCCUGCAGCCGAUAGCACUCAGGGAGUUCUUACGGCUUGGAAACCCGCUGAACUGUGGCGCCUGGGACAAGAAGCUGUUGAAGAAUUACCGGGUCCACAAACCGAGCUCUCUCAGCUACGACGCCGAGAUGAGAAACAGCAUGACCACUUCCAUGGAGGGCUUCGGCCCCGACAGCGUCUUCACCACGCCGGCAGAGGACAAUGGCCAGUAUCGCAUCAGCCGCAGCCUUGUGCGCUCUGCUGAGGGCAGCACCGUACCCCUCACCCGAGUCAAGUGCCUGGUGUCGAUGACAACCCCCCAUGACAUUCGCCUGCACGGAUCAGCUGUCACACCUGCAUUCGUGGAGUUUGACAGCUCGCUGGAGGGCUUUGGGUGCCUGUUUCUGCCCAGCCUGGCGCCUCACAACGCUCCCACCAACAACACCAAUGCUUCAGGUGUCAGCGAUGGAGCAGUGCUGAGCGGGAUGGGCGCAGGUGAGCACCUGUUUCCCCCCCCAUCAGGCCUGAGUUACUCCACUUGGUUCUGUGUGGAGAGGUUCAGCACAUCCCCUCAGGCCCACCCCGUGCGGCUGCUGACCAUCGUCCGUCGGGCCAACUCCUCGGAGCAGCAUUACGUGUGUCUGGCUGUGGUGCUGUCAGCCAAAGACCGCUCGCUCACCGUCUCCACCAAGGAGGAGCUGCUGCAGACAUACUCAGCGGAUGAUUCUAGCGAAGAAUCCUCCUUCUACGAGAUCCUUCCCUGCUGCGCUCGAUUCCGCUGUGGCGAGCUGAUCGCUGAGGGCCAGUGGCACCACCUGGUGCUGGUCAUGAGCAAAGGCAUGCUGAAGAAUAGCAUGGCCACGCUGUACAUCGACGGCCAGCUCAUCAGCACUGUCAAGCUUCACUACAUCCACAGUGCUCCAGGCGGCUCCAGCUCCACCAACCCUCCUGUCGUCAGUACUGUUUAUGGGUACAUAGGGACGCCCCCUGCCCAGCGCCAGCUCUCCAGCCUGGUGUGGCGUCUUGGGCCUACCCACUUCCUGGAGGAGUUCCUACCUGCCGCCAGCGUCGCUGCCAUUUAUGAGCUUGGACCCAACUACGUGGGCAGCUUUCAGGCCGUCUACCUCCCCUGUAAGGACUCCAAGGCGGAGGUAGCGCCGGCCUCUCCGGUGGUGCUGGUGCCAGAGGAGAAGGUGUCUUUCAGUCUCUAUGCGCUCUCUGUGUUGACUCUCACUGUGGCCAAAAUCAGGAAAAGCUACAACAAACUGGACAGCAAAGCCAUCGCCAAACAGCUCGCCGUGUCCUCUCAUGAAAAUGCCACUCCAGUAAAACUGAUUCACAAUGCCGCCGGUCACCUUAAUGGUCCCGCACGCACCAUCGGAGCUGCUGUGAUUGGAUACUUAGGUGUUCGUGCAUUCGUGCCCAAACCUGUGGCCACCAACCUGCAGUAUGUGGGAGGGGCAGCGGCCAUUUUGGGUCUGGUUGCCAUGGCGUCAGAUGUGGAGGGACUGUAUGCGGCUGUCAAGGCUUUAGUGUGUGUUGUAAAAAGCAACCCACUGGCUAGUAAGGAGAUGGAGCGCAUCAAAGGUUACCAGUUGCUGGCUAUGCUUCUAAAGAAGAAGCGCUCGCUGCUAAACAGUCACAUCCUCCACCUCACCUUCUCUCUGGUGGGAACAGUUGACAGCGGCCACGAAACCUCCAUCAUCCCCAACUCCACGGCCUUCCAGGACCUACUGUGUGACUUUGAGGUUUGGCUGCACGCUCCCUACGAGCUCCAUCUGUCUCUGUUCGAGCACUUCAUUGAACUGCUGACAGAAUCCAGUGAGGCAGCUAAAAAUGCUAAACUCCUGAGAGAGUUUCAGCUCAUCCCAAGACUGCUGCUCACCCUGAGAGACACCACACUGUCCCAGCCCACCGUCGCCGCCAUCAGCAACGUGCUCAGUCUGCUGCUGCAAGGCUUCCCCAACCCAUACGACCUGCUGCGGUUUGGCCAGUUCAUCUCCUCCACUCUUCCCACAUUUGCCGUGUGUGAGAAGUUUGUUGUCAUGGAAAUCAAUAAUGAGGAGAAGAUAGACGGAGGAAAUGAUGACGACUUUAGUGGCCUCCUAUCAGCAAACCUCAUUCUGCUGAGAAAUCGACUGCUGGACAGCCUUCUUAAACUGCUUUUCACCACGAAAGAGAAGUGCACAGUUAAUGCCCAGGCGUGUGAGGAGCUGGUGCGAACGCUGGGCUUUGAUUGGCUCCUGAUGUUCAUGGAAGAACAUCUCCACUCCACCACAGUGACGGCAGCUCUGUGGAUCCUGGUGGUGCUGCUCUCCAAUCAGUCGAUCCUCAACCGCUUCAAAGAGGGCCUGUGCGGAGGAGGCUGGCUGGACCACACCGACUCCGUCCUGACCAAUAAGAUCGGCACAGUGCUGGCAGACGCCUCUCCUCACUCUGGCAACGCUUUCCGUCGGAGUUGGCCUUCGUUCAGUAAACAGAGAGCUGCACAGUUUGUGCGCCGAACAGCCAAGGGAUUCAACGUGGGUCGCAGUGCCGGCGGGCGCUCCACAUUGCGGGAGAUCAACCGGGACGCUUGCCAUUUCCCAGGAUUCCCUGUUCUGCAGACACUGCUGCCCAAACACACCAACGUACCCGAACUCUACUUCCUGCUCAUGGCUCUCUUCCUGCAGCAGCCUGUCAUCGAGCUCCCAGACAGCCUGCAGGUACAUUUUGAUCUGGACUCUAUCUGGACCUUCAUCUUUGGCGUGCCGGCAUCCAGUGGGACGGUGGUGGCCUCUAUCCAUAGUGUUUGUACUGAGGCUGCUUUCCUGCUGCUGGCCAUGCUGCGCAGCAUGCUUAACCUGCCUUGGCAGUCAGAGGAGGAAGGUUCCUGGCUCAGGGAGUACCCAGUAACACUCAUGCAGUUCUUUAGAUACCUUUACCACAACGUGUCCGACCUUGCACCAAUGUGGCACAGCCCAGAGUUCCUCUGUGCCCUGGCAGCAGCUGUCUUUCCCUUCAACAUCAGACCGUACUCUGAGAUGGUCACUGAUUUGGACGAUGAAGCGAGUUCUCCCACCGAAGAGUUCAAGGCCUUCACUGGGGACUCUGGCAUGAACCGCAGCCAGUCUGAAUACUGCAACGUGGGCUCCAAGACGUCCCUGACCAACCACCCGGCCAAAAAAUAUGUCUUUGACUUCAUGAGGGUUCUGAUCAUGGACAACCUCUGCAUGACCCCAGCCAGCAAGCAGACACCCAUCAUUGAUAUGCUGCUGGAGGCUUCCCCGGAGCGCUCCACCAGAACUCAGCAGAAGGAGUUUCAGUCCAACAUCCUGGACAGCGUCAUGGAGCAUCUACUGGCUGCUGAUGUCCUUCUAGGCGAAGAUGCCUCGUUGCCCCUCAGCAGCGGGGGCAGUUAUCAGAUUUUGGUCAACAACGUCUUCUACUUCACCCAGCGGGUGGUGGACAAGCUGUGGCAGGGCAUGUUCAACAAGGACUCCAAGCUCGUGGUGGACUUCAUCGUGCAGCUCAUUGGACAGUCUAAGAGGCGUUCGCAGGGACUUUCUCUCGACACCAUCUACCACUGUCUGAACCGGACGGUGCUCUACCAGCUCUGCCGACCCCACAAGACGGUAGCACAGCAGGUGGCCCUGCUGGAUGCCCUGCGGGUCCUGACCGUCAACCGCAACCUGGUGCUCGGGCCAGGCAACCACGACCAGGACUUUGUGGCCUGCCUAGCUCACUGCUUCAUCUGCCUGCACAGCGGGAGUAGUGUGGACGGCUUCGGUUUGGAGGCGGAGGCCAGGAUGACGACCUGGCACGUCAUGAUGCCCACGGAGAACGAGUCUGACACCACGCACAGUCACGACGUCAGCGAGGGGCGGCAGCUCCUGCUGAAGGCGGUGAACCGUGUGUGGACGGAGCUGAUGCACAGCAAGCGCCAGAUGCUGGAGGACAUCUUCAAAGUGUCUCUGCCCUGCAAUGACAGAGGACACGUGGACAUCGCCACAGCCCGUCCCGCUUUGGAAGAGCCGGCCCUGAAGAGCUGGCAGAACCACCUGGUUCAUGAGAAAAAGUACAUCAGUCGUGGGGAAGCAGUGGCACCAGCGACUCAGUCCAAACUGUCCAGAGUCAGCAGCGGCUUCGGCCUCUCCAAGCUGACCGGCGUCCGGCGCAACAAGAAGGAGAACAGCCUGAAUAAGAACAGCCUGUCUGCACAGGAGACUUUCCAGUGGAUGUUCACACACAUCGCUGUUGUCCGGGACUUGGUGGCCAUGCAAUACAAGGAAUAUCAAGAGCGGCAGCAGAACGCCCUCAAGUACGUGACGGAGGAGUGGGCAUCCAUCGAAUACGAGCUGCUGCGUGAACGAGGCCUCUGGGGCCCGCCAAUCGGCUCCCACUUGGACAAGUUUAUGCUGGAAAUGACGGAGGGGCCCUGCCGAAUGAGGAAGAAGAUGGUCCGCAAUGACAUGUUUUACAUCCACUACCCGUACGUCCCAGAGACGGAGACCAACACCAACUCAGCACAGAAACCUCUGCGUUACCGCCGCGCCAUCAGCUACGACAGUAAGGAGUAUUUCAUGCGUUUGCUGUCCGGAAACCCCGGCAUGUACCAGCACUCUGUAGAGCACAGCACCGAGGGAGAGACCACACACCAAGAGCUGGAGCACGGAGAGGACACCAUCGCUAAAGUCAAAGGCCUGGUGAAGGCUCCACUGAAGAGGUCUCGGUCCACAGCGGACGGUGCAGAUGAGGACAGUCAGGACCAGCUUCAGGAGCAGCUAUUAGAGUCAGGAGGCCCCGAAGAGGAGCAGAAGACUGACAACACGUCCCUGCUGAGACUCCUGGAGGAGGGAGAGAAGAUUCAGCACAUGUACCGCUGUGCCAGAGUGCAGGGUCUCGACACCAGCGAGGGUCUGCUGCUGUUUGGGAAGGAGCACUUCUACGUCAUCGACGGCUAUACCAUGACUGUGUCCAGGGAGAUCAGGGACAUCGACACGCUGCCACCCAAUAUGCACGAGGCCAUCAUCCCCAGAGGAGCGAGACAAGGACAGAGCCAGUUAAAGAGAACCUGCAGCAUCUUUGCCUAUGAAGACAUUAAGGAGGUUCACAAGAGGCGCUACCUGCUGCAGCCCAUGGCGGUGGAAGUCUUUUCAGCGGAUGGGAGAAACUACUUGCUAGCCUUCCAGAAAGGAGUUCGCAACAAGGUUUACCAAAGGUUCUUGGCGGUGGUGCCCUCGCUGGCUGACAGCUCUGAGUCUGUUUCAGGCCAGAGACCCAACACCAGCGUGGAACAAGGAUCUGGACUUCUCAGCACACUGGUUGGUGAGAAGUCAGUGACUCAGAGAUGGGAGCGAGGAGAGAUCAGUAACUUCCAGUACCUGAUGCAUCUGAACACCCUGGCCGGACGCUCCUACAACGACCUGAUGCAGUAUCCGGUGUUCCCCUGGAUCCUGGCCGAUUACGACUCAGAGGAGCUGGACCUCACCAACCCAAAGACAUUUCGUAACCUCGCCAAGCCGAUGGGCGCCCAGACUGACACCCGGCUAACGCAGUACAAGAAGCGGUACAAGGACUGGGAAGACCCCAACGGUGAAACCCCGGCGUACCACUACGGCACUCAUUACUCGUCAGCCAUGAUUGUGGCCUCCUACCUGGUCCGGAUGGAGCCCUUCACGCAGAUUUUCCUCAGACUUCAGGGAGGACACUUCGACCUGGCUGACAGGAUGUUCCACAGCGUGCGUGAAGCCUGGCUCUCUGCUUCCAAACACAACAUGGCCGACGUCAAGGAGCUCAUCCCGGAGUUCUUCUAUCUGCCCGAGUUCCUGCUAAACUCCAAUAACUUUGACCUGGGUGCCAAGCAGAAUGGGACCAAACUGGGUGACGUCAUUCUCCCACCCUGGGCUAAGGGUGACCCCCGGGAGUUCAUCAGAGUCCACAGAGAGGCGUUGGAGUGCGACUACGUAUCGGCCCACCUCCACGAAUGGAUCGACCUGAUUUUCGGCUACAAGCAGCAGGGCCCUCCGGCUGUGGAGGCGGUCAACGUCUUCCACCACCUCUUCUACGAGGGUCAGGUGGACAUCUACAACAUCAACGACCCGCUCAAAGAGACGGCCACCAUCGGCUUCAUCAACAACUUCGGACAAAUCCCCAAACAGCUGUUCAAGAAGCCCCACCCUCCUAAACGGGUACGUAGUAAAGCCAACGGCGACGUUGCCGGCGUUCCUCCGAGCUCCAACAGCGACAAGAUCUUCUUCCAUCACUUGGACAACCUCAGACCUUCUCUUGCACCAGUUAAAGAGCUGAAAGACCCUGUGGGACAGAUUGUGUCCACCGACAAGGGCAUCCUCGCUGUAGAGCAAAACAAAGUUCUGGUUCCCCCCACCUGGAGCAAGACCUUUGCUUGGGGUUACGCCGAUCUCAGCUGUCGCCUGGCUAACUAUGACUCCGACAAGGCACUGGUGGUGUACGAGUGUCUGUCAGAGUGGGGCCAGAUCUUCUGUGCCAUAUGUCCAAACCCAAAGCUGGUUAUCACCGGUGGCACCAGCACCGCCAUCUGUGUGUGGGAGACGGGAACCUCAAAGGAGAGGGCAAAGUCGCUUAUGCUCAAACAGGCGCUGCUUGGCCACACGGACGCCGUGACGUGUCUGACGGCGUCUUCGGCGUACCACAUUGUCGUCAGUGGCUCACGGGAUCGAACUUGCAUCAUCUGGGACCUCAACAAGCUCUCCUUCGUCACACAGCUCAGGGGGCACCGAGCGCCCGUCUCGGCUCUGUGUAUCAAUGAACUGACGGGGGACAUCGUGUCCUGCGCGGGCACCUACAUUCACGUGUGGAGCAUCAACGGCAGCCCCAUCGCCAGCGCCAACACCUUCACCGGCCGCAGCCAGCAGAUCCUCUGCUGCUGCGUGUCGGAGAUGAACGAGUGGGACACGCAGAACGUCAUCGUCACCGGCCACUCGGAUGGCGUUGUGAGGUUUUGGAGAAUGGAGUUCCUCCAGGUACCAGAAACCCCUGCUCCUGAGCCUGUAGAGCCAGAUGUGCCUGACUGCUGUGCUGACGAGAAGAUCGAGGGCGGUGAGAGUCACAAUGGUGAUGAUGACAGCAGUGAGUCGGAUGCAGACGAGCCCAGUCUGAGCCAAGAGCCCAGAGCGCCACGCAACCCCUCGACAGGUGGAGGCAGCCAGCCGGGUAGCACCGUCCACAGACCCAGAGGUCCCUCUGCCCGAGCAGGAGCAUCUUGGUCGAUGGACAGCGGCUCUGACGACUCUCACCGCUGGUCAGACACCCUCAGCAUCGACGAGAAGGACGGAUUCGUGUUUGUAAAUUACUCUGAGGGCCAAACUAAAGGCGCUCACCCAGCUCACUCAGGCCAGGGCUCAGCGCCUCAGCCGCUGCAUCCCUCCACUAUGGAGGCACGGACAUAUAACCAGCUCAGGGCAGGCUACAGAUGGGAGCGCCAGCUGGUCUUCCGGAGUAAGCUCACCAUGCACACGGCUUUUGAUCGCAAGGAUAACGCUCACCCAGCUGAGAUCACCUCCCUCGCCAUCUCCAAGGACCACAGUAAAAUCCUGGUAGGUGACGGCCGUGGCAGAGUGUUUAGCUGGUCGGUCAGCGACCAGCCCGGCCGCUCGGCAGCAGACCACUGGGUGAAGGACGAGGUAGUGGACAGUUGCUCCGGCUGCACGGUUCGCUUCUCGCUUACUGAGCGACGCCACCAUUGUAGGAACUGCGGACAGCUCUUCUGCCAGAAGUGCAGUCGCUUCCAAUCAGAGAUCAAACGGCUGAAGAUCUCGUCACCUGUGCGUGUUUGUCAGAACUGUUAUUACAACCUCCAGCAUGAGCGAAGCGUCGAGGACGGCUGCAGAAACUGAGCUCCACGUCCACCCGCCGCCAGCCCCAAAACAAGCCCCUCCUGAGGACCCGGCGAGCAUUUCAUUCCUCUAUCCGACUUCCCUCUGCAUCUCCCAAAACUCCUUCCUCCUAAACCCUCAGUAACCACGUGUACUGUACCGCACCGACAGGGUGUUGCAGGAGGGAGCGACUGAAGUACGGCGGCGGAGCUCAGCAAAGGAAAAAGGAUGUGAACGAGGACAACAGAUCGCAAAGAACAUGGAAAGAAACUCAGUCCCCACUUUUACCACCGGCACUCACCUGGAGCGGAGGGAAAAAAAAACGCAGCACGCACGAAUCAGUCAUCCGCCAUCUUUGCUUAGAGAUCAAGAAACAGGCAAAACUCCUUCAGCUUUCACAGCAGGAUGAUAAAAGACAAAAACUUGUUGAUAGUGUAAAUAGGUAUCACAGCCUUUUUAACUCUAAAAGGAGCAAACACAGAACAAAAAAUAAGGUCAAUGAAGUAAAAAGAAAUGCCUGUAACAUAGCGUUGUGACUAACCACUCCUGGCUUUAAAAAAACAGAAAAAAUGAUUGUGUGUAGUCUGCGUCACGAGUCACAGCGAGAAUAACACGGAGGGGAGGGAGGGAGAUGAAUGUCCAUAAUUAAUGUCUCUGGGUUGACCGUACUAGUGGGUCUAGUUAUGCAAAAUGACUUCUUUAUAAUUUCCCGAUCGUUUUGUUGUUUACACACCUGUGAUUUAUUCUGUGAGAGUGUCAAACCGUCGCCACGCGGACAGAGAGGUUUACUCUCUGAUUGUCAUUUCCUCUUUUUUUUAUUGCCAAACUGUUUUCUUGUGUCAGUUAUGAUGUUUAAUUUGUAAGAUGUCAUCUGUUCAGUCCUUUUUUCCCAUUUGGAGAUUUUUUUUUUAUUUUAGUUACUGCUGCUUUCUGAAGACUACAAACUUUAUCGUGUUCAGUUUGACUUUGAUUUUUCUUGUUAGAACCAUAUCACUCCUUUCAUUUUGUGGUUCCUUCUGCAUUAUUAUAAUUUGUUAUUAAGAGAGAGAAAAAAUCGGGUCAUCCUGUGUAAAAAGGUUAAAAGUAACACACAUGCGUCCCGUAACUGCACAUUUAGCGUCCAUCGUGUCCUUUCUUUUUUGACCGUACAGCUUUAAAGCAGCUUCUUGAAUGCACACUAAAAAGGGACUUCCUCAUGAACUGUGUUUUGUUUUUUUAUUUAUAGUGUUGGUUUCUAUUGAGGAUUUGCUGGAUUUUUACUCCCCUGUGGCAUUAUCACAGCAGCUCUUAACACUCGUUAUCCUCACUCACUGGAGCUGCAGCCAAGCACCUUUUUAUUAAAGAGAUGUUUCAGAGUAUAUGUAGACGUUGGAGGAGGUGUAAAUAGUCACGCAGGCCGUUGGAUUUUUAAUAAGUCUUGGCGUGUUUUGUCUUUAAAGGUAAAGACUAGGCCAGACAGACUUGCAGAGUAUUCUUGUUUUGCUUUUCUUUACCAUAUUUUACAGUUGGGGUAAAGCUGCAGGAGAGCGAGUCUGUAGGUUUCUUUUCCUACCAUUAUAUCAGUGCUAUGGCUUCAUAUUCCAUCCUUGUUGCUCCUGCAGGGGAAGAGAAGACAUGGAUUUUGAUGUGACACUUUAGACUGAGAGCAUAAAAUGAACCUCAUGCCCUUCAGUUGUUGACGUUAAUAAACCUUUUGACUUGAUCUAACUUGAUUGUAGAGUUGAUUAAUUUAAUGUUUUUCAGACGUCUGAAUUCAUUUGCAGCUUAACUGUUUAAAUGUAAAAGGACUUGGAUUGUUGCACUAACAUAACACGGGACAAACUCAAACCUAUGGGGUGUCAUUUGUGCCAUCAGAUUAGUGACUGUCACUUUAACAGUGACCAAAUAACCCCAACAAUCAGAUGACUCCCUGUGAGCAAGAACUUGGCGAAAGUGGAAAGGAAAAACUCCCUUUUACCGGAAGAAACCUUCGGCAGAACCAGGCUCAGGGAGCGGUGACGGUUAUCUUAUUACUUGAGACCAGAAUCCGAAGAAAUUAAAAUUACUUAAUUCUUCAUUUCAUCUGAAAAGGCAAAAAUCAGCAAUUUCAGGCGAUUGUCGUUGGACUAAAUGCAUUUUUGAGAUUCUCUGUAGCACAAAUGUUAGCUCAUAGAAACCAAACUCUAGCCGGGACAGAGACUCAACCUGAGCAAGGAAACAUAAAAAUGUGAAGUACUCAAAGGAGUUUAAACACUAUAAAAACUCGUUUCUCUGCCCCGCUGAGACAGCGAUAUCAGAGGUUUUAUCUGCUUUCAUAUUGUUGAAUGUAACUUGAUCUUUUGUCAACACAAAUCCAUGUUUGGCUCUUUCUGCGUUAAAGACUGCACAUCUCCCCUCACUCGGUUUGUGGUUCUGUGGGCAAACUGUGCAUUCAAGGGCUGCUUUCUUUCUUCCUUUGUACGUCCCACAAGUCUUCACAGGCAUUUAAUGUUCACCCUCACCGCUCCUUGUAAUAAUAAUAAUAUGCACUCAUGUUAUUGUCCUCCUUUAUAUCAUUUUGCCUUUCUGUACUGUAACUUAGCGUGCAAUCAUGCCAUCCAGCUGAAACGGCCGAGUCGGCUUCUAUCAAUCGAGGAUUCCUUUUGCACCUUCACGUGUACAAAAAGAGAAAAAAACAGUCAAGUUUUUAUUGAAUGAAGUUUUUUGUUUUAACUGAAAGGUGCAUUUCACAGCAGAUAAAUGAACUGUACAAAGUAUUUAUGCAAUUAUAACUGGGUUUAGAUUUUUUUUUUAUAUAUAAUUAUUGUGAUUUCAGCAAGUUUUGUUACUUGUUGCAUGUCUAUUAACACAGCUGACUUUCUGUGUCAGUGCAUUGUACAUGUUCGGCAUUAGAUUAUCUCUCUUUUUUUGCUGGAUUUAUUCUGUUUUUGUUUUUCUUUGAGGCAUUGUUUGACGGGUCAUACCGAGCGACAGGUUUGUGUAGAUCAUGAUCAUGACCCCGACUCUGGGUGGACUUUUGUACUCUUUAUGGGGGAAAAAAUAAUUAAGGAUUAAUCGAAAGCAAAAAAAGAAAGAAGGAAAAAAAAAAGGAGAAAUCUGGAUUAUUUUGGUGGUCUUGUAUUAGACUGCGUUACUACAGUAUCUGGUGUGCAAUCUGUAAUAGCUGAAUGUUCCUUGUAUAUUUGUGUUCACUACAUCCUACGAGAGAAAAAACCCACAGUAGAGUAACCUCCCCGUCCCCCAUUACAGAAACAAAAUGUUACAAUAAUGCAAUAGAUCUGGUACUUAUUCUUUUUAAUUUCAUUUCAAUAAAAAAUUGCUGUUUCCC